AUGCCGAUCUCGAAGAAUUCCUCUGCCUCUGCUACUAAGCCUCUUGCUUGCGCGAAUCUGCCACUACCUCAGAGCACCCCUCCCACACAUGGAAAUAGAGCAAAUGGUCGGCUGCACAAGCGAUCCCGGUCUGGCUGCUUCACAUGCCGCCUACGGCGGAAGAAGUGUGAUGAGAACCAUCCUGCCUGCACCGCCUGCAUCAAUCUUAAUGUCCGAUGCGAAUACAAACGCCCAAUUUGGUGGGGAAAUGCGGAGCAACGAAGAGCCCAGAAGGAGCGCAUCAAAAACAGGAUCAAGCAAACCAAGAUGCUAGAGCGAAACGGUAACUUCUCAGACCCGCUAACUCGCCAUCGCCACAUGUCUGCGGCAUCACCAACCUCACCUGUGCACGAACAUGGUCGCCCUAGGUGCAACGAGACCUAUGAUAUUUUUUCAUCCCAGCUGCCAACCCCUGGAUUGGGAAGCGCUCCUCGUGGACCUUACGUGCCUUCCUAUGAGGUCGAUGUGCGAACCGAGCGACAGACAUUUAUCAACGAUGUGCCUAUGCGUCAUGACUCUUCGACAUCAACAUUCAGUGCAUUUGCACCUCCCCGGCUCAGUGCUCCGAUGCCAACUUUUUCUGGCGACGAAUGGUUUAGAGAUGAGUAUUUUGCACAAGCCUCGGCAUUUAAUGGUACCCAUCCGGGGAGUAUCAACCCUAGUCUCGAUCACACACGCACAUUGUUACAAAGCAAUAUUGUUGUAAGCGACCAUGACCAGCCACUCCUCGAUCAUUUUAUCCACAAUGUGCUGCGCCAGAUCUUCCCCGUUCUGGAAGCUCAUCAAAAAGGCCACUUGCGCGCGCAAUCAAUUCUGCGCGCUCUGGAAACAAACAAGUGCUAUCUUCACUGUUGUCUGAGUGUCGCUGCUAUCCACCUCAAGACCACCGAAGGAUUGGUUGGUGAGCAAAUUGACCAUGAUAUCAUGCGGCACCGUUAUGAAGCCAUCUCUCAACUAUGUCAAGCUCUGGGAGAUGAUGUUAACCACGAUGAGAUUCUGGAUGCGACUCUUGCGAUGAUCCUCUUUCAUUGCGCCGUUGGCCCUUCCGAUGACUAUCUUCCUGACAUUCCGUGGUUUGAUCAUUUCCAGGCCGCAUCAAAUCUUGUAACGAGACUUGAACUUCCCUCCGCAAUAGUUGAGGACCCCAGCGGAUACCUGGUUCCUCCAUUCAGCAUGAGCUUGACUACUUGGAUUGACAUACUCGGCUCAACAAUGGUUGGCAAGUCUCCCGACUUUGCUCAUCAGUAUCGAUCAAAGCACUUGGGUGGAGCGCCCUCUGGCUUACGCGAGCUGAUGGGAUGCGAUGACCGGAUCAUGUAUCUCAUCUCUGAGAUUGCCUGCCUUGACUCUCUAAAGAAUGAAGGUCGUAUCGAUGACUUGGCCGUCUGUUCUCAUGCUAAGGCGCUGGAAGAACAACUCGAGUACACACAGCCCGCUGACCCUACGCUGGAGAACCCAUUCUCACCUGCAACUGGAGCCAUUCGCCCUGAAGCCCUUACCAAGACAAUAUCUCACGUCUUCCGGACCGCAUCCCGGAUCUAUCUUUGUAGCAUUGUGCCCGGCUUCGAUCGCAACCAAGCUAGCAUCGAGGGCUUGAUCACCGCAGUAACAGACGCGCUCCAAUUUAUUCCUGCUGGUCCCCAUGGCUACGAUCGCUCUCUUGUCUGGCCACUGCUCAUGACCGGCGUGUUUUCUAGACCAUCGAGUUCCUUCCGAUCCGUUAUCGCCGGUCGCGCUGAUGCGAUGGGUGAUCACGGUGACCUCGGUAGUUUCGGCCGCAUGUACCGUCUCCUGCAAGAGGUGUGGCGUCUGACAGACGAACCACUCAAUUCCUUUCAAGGCUUUCCUGGAGACAACUCCUACAACUCCUCGCUUACCAGUCCUAUUUCCAGACUGGACGGCUCCAAAUCCCCCUCUGGUGCUGGCGCCACUUUGGGUGGACGGGAAAUUAAAAAGCAAGAAGUCCACUGGAAGGAAAUCAUGAAGCGAAAUAACUGGCACUAUCUCCUUAUUUAA